UAAAACAAUGCAGAGCUCCGUGUCAUUUACAUUACCACCUGUGCAAUCGUUCAAAUCAACCGAGGACCGGACUAUAUCUAGGGUUAUAUCACAAGCGAGCAUAAAAAGUAGCAGAGAUCAAAAUGAAGAAGAGUAUGCACUCGGAGUUGAGGAAAAUACUGAGCGUGGGAAUUGGGAUUCUAACAUCGAAUUCAAACUUACCUGUCUGAGUUUCUGUACGGGUUUAGGGAAUAUAUGGAGAUUUCCAUAUUUAUGCUUUAAAAAUGGUGGGCCUGUGUUUUUAAUACCUUUGGGUAUUAUGCUGAUAUGUAUUGGAAUACCACUUGUAUUUCUUGAGCUUACCCUCGGCCAGUUCAGUAGUAGUAGUCCAUUGACGGUUUGGAGGUGCAUGCCUCUUCUCAAAGGUAUUGGUACUUCGAACAUCUUUUCAAACGUCAUUGUCAUAGUAUAUUACAGUAUGCUGACCGGAUGGUCUAUAUUGUACGUUUUUUCGUCGUUCACAAGUGUCCUUCCAUGGACGAACUGUUAUAAUACGUGGAAUACAAAAGGUUGUUCUGAAUUACUAGAAAACACACCAUGUAAUGAAUCUCGGCAAAUGAAAUACGAGAAUGGAACGUGUUUUAUGGAUUCAAUGCAAAUUGGAUUGUGGGACGAGGACAAAUACCUCAAUACAACAGGACAGGCCAAGUCCUCCGCUGCAGAGGAGUACUUUUUCUCAUAUACACUUGGUAUAAGUGAUGGAAUAGAAUCGAUUGGAUCACCCAAGUACAAUUUGGUGUUAGUCAUCUUGCUGGUUUGGCUCAUCAUAUACGUUUGUCUGAUCAAGGGAGUUAAAACUAUGGGGAAGGUUGUGUAUUUCACUGCUACCUUCCCAUAUGUAAUUCUCACCAUAAUGUUGGUAUUUGGAGCCACCCAAGAUGGAGCAAGAAAUGGCGUCGAGCUGUAUCUUUCAAAACCUAACUGGACUCGAUUGACCGAAGCAGCUGUUUGGCAGGACGCUGCGGGGACUGUAUUUUUCUCCACUAGUGUUGGCGGUGGGGAGGUCAUAGGGCUGUCUAGUUUCAACAGGUUUCACAAUAACAUAUUUAGGGAUGGCGCGUUAAUUAUCGUCGGUACUUCACUGACGGCACUCUAUGCAGGUUUUGUUGUGUUUGUUAACCUCGGCGUACUCGCCAGACAGAUGGGGGUCGAUGUACAAGACGUCGUAAAAGAAGGGCCAGCGAUGACUUUUGUGACUUUCCCAUUUGCAUUGUCCAAAUUACCCAUUCCUCAACUGUGGUCUGUGAUGUUCUUUCUAUUGUUGACAACACUGGGCUGCAACGCACUAUUUGCCGUCACGGAAUCGAUUAAUGCGUCUGUGUUUGAUGUAUUCCCGAAGCUGAGACCAUCUAGGCCUAUAGUGACAGUAGUUAUCAUCGCCUUCUUCUUUGUGCUUUCCUUACCAUUGACAACUCCUGGAGCAAUGUACAUAUUUGUCAUUUUGGAUAACUACACAGUGGUAUGGCCUUUUCUGAUCAUGGGCCUAAUGGAAUGCAUCUGCAUUGGAUGGUUUUAUGGGGCCAAUCGAUUCCUUGAGGAUCUUCAACUAAUGAUUCCUCUGUGGAAACCUGUCAGGAUUUGGUUAAAAGUUUGCUGGAAGCUGAUAUGCCCAGGAAUGAUUUUGUGUGUGUUGAUAUUCUCGUUGGUUGCAUAUUCUCCUCUUACAUACAACGAUUAUACAUAUCCUAAAUGGGCAGAGGCUUUAGGAUGGGUUCUUGCUGCCUUAUCAAUUGGAACCAUACCUGCAUUGGCAAUAGCCGAGAUUCUCAAAGAGGAAGGACAAAUUUUACAGAGAAUACGAAAAUUAGCACGUCCCACUGUCGACUGGGGCCCCGCACUUGUAAGGCAUAGGAAGCUUGUGUUCUACGUCACAGGUUUCGUGGUGAAUCCAAAAGAGAAAUCAAGACAUAUCCCGUAUAAGAUAGAUGAUGAAAAUAAACGACGUCUGUCUGUUUUGAGUAGAAAUUCGAAAGUUUCUCUUCAUAAAGUAGUAAACUUGGCUCCACGGGUUUUUGAAGAACCCAACACUGAACUACAACCUAACAUCCCAACCCAGAGCCAGGAAUUAAAUCAGUUAAAACGCGUAACAUUUUAUUAAAUGCAAACAUAGAUUUGUGUGCAGAGUGUAU